GCAGCGAACAGCGGUACCGCCUCCUGUAGGCGCAAUUUGCCCACAAAACGGAGGAUCAUUUUUAUUCUGCGGUUUGCAGCGUAACCGUCCGCUUUCUGUCUCCAGUUCGGCGUGUGUGAGCGCGUCCUGCGCUCCCCCAAAAUGCUCCCGGUGUGAAUGUGAAGCGGCAGUGAGAAGAUUUGAAACGGACCAAGUGAAAUGCAUCCCCGGAGCGCUGAACCUGUUCCGUCCCGCCGCACACAAAGCCUGUGAAGCAGGCCGUGUUUUUCCUCACACAGACACCGCGCUGAUGAUGCUCAAACAUGUCGGGGAAUCAUUACAAAGGCCACGAAGUCAGCUGCUGCAUCAAAUACUUCAUUUUUGGAUUCAACAUCCUGUUCUGGCUGCUGGGCAUGGCCUUAGUCGGCAUUGGACUGUGGGCAUGGAGUGAGAAGGGGGUUCUCUCCAACAUUUCGUCCAUCACAGACCUGGGGGGGCUGGAUCCAGUGUGGCUCUUCAUGGUGGUUGGGGGAGUCAUGUUCAUCCUGGGCUUUGCAGGAUGCAUUGGAGCAUUGCGGGAAAACACGUUCCUACUCAAAUUUUUCUCUGUGUUUCUGGGAAUCAUCUUUUUCUUGGAGUUGACGACAGGAGUCCUGGCAUUUGUCUUUAAGGACUGGAUUAAAGACCAGCUCAACUUGUUUAUCAACAACAACAUCCGGGCGUACCGGGAUGACAUCGAUCUACAGAACCUCAUCGACUUCACUCAGGAAUACUGGGAGUGCUGCGGUGCAUUUGGAGCAGAUGACUGGAACCUGAACAUCUAUUUUAACUGUACUGAUGGGAAUCCCAGUCGGGAAAAGUGUGGCGUUCCCUUCUCCUGCUGCACCAAGGACCCUGCGGAGGAUGUAAUAAACACUCAGUGUGGAUACGACAUUCGAGCUAAGCCAGACUCGGAGCAGAAGGACUACAUCAACGUGAAAGGCUGCGUGCCACAGUUUGAGAAGUGGCUGCAGGACAACCUCACCUUGGUGGCCGGGAUCUUUAUUGGAGUGGCACUCCUGCAGAUUUUUGGGAUUUGUUUGGCCCAAAACUUAGUGAGUGACAUUGAAGCCGUGCGGGCGAGCUGGGUGCCCCCCCCUCUCUCCAUGCGUCGACUCCCACCACACUCCAGCAAGAAAUCAUCGGCUUACUACUCAUGAGACACACAAACACAUGCUGUAUAUGUGUUUGUAGCCGUUUCUUUACCUAAUGCUGAAGCAAGCAGCAUUGCAAUUCUAACAGCUCGGGGUCUUUGAAUGCGUCUUGUUGAACACAUUAUCAGGGGAGCAUUCAGAAGACCUCGCCGAUCACCUGCACCAUUUUGUUCACUGAACCAGCACCUUUUUUCAAGGCACUAAUAUGAAAUGCUCUGUAUAUAACACUGUGUGUGACUUCUGUAAAAAGAGAAUUGUUCGGGAGGAUGGUUAAACAUGCACUACAUGCAGGUCAUCACAGCGCUCCAGUUUUGAUAGCUUCGUGUAGAGAGUAGGAGUUUUGAUACAUCUUUUUGAUAUUAGAUCGGUAUUUUUCACUGUGGAAAUAACGCUCUGUUGCUAAACUGUCAUGUAGGACUGUGAAAUAGUUGUGUGCAAGAAACUGAGGUUCUGCCUAUUUUAAAGUUGAGUACUUGCUUUACGUACCUUUCUACCACUUGUCUAGGACUGAGGCUCUGGUGGGCGAAGUCAUGAAAAUUAUGAAAGUUAGGAAGCGGUCCUUUUUUUUUUUUCCUUAAAAUAACACUUUGAAAUGUCCUGAAAUUCCAGGACUUCUUCAGCUCCACAAAUUCCCAUUUAACCAGUCACGAAAUCUUUCUGCUCAUUGAAUAAUAUACAAACCUAAACAGAAUUCUUGUUGUUGCACAAACAGUGAAUUUGAAUUUGUGUUCAGUGACAGUCGUGUAGAAAUAUGAAUAUCUGUGUUGUGAUGGCAGAAAUGAGCUAAAUUUUCCCCAGACACCAGCUUAUCAAGAGAAAAAUGAAGUCUUUAGUAUAACGAGUUACUAUUCAGCUCAUCAGUCCCUCCAGGAUUUCACUGGCUUUUUUUUCUGGGAAUUGUUGCCGCCUAAAACGCCUGAUUCCAUGGCAGCUUUAUUAAAGAAAAAAAAAUUGCGAUGCUUGUUGCAAUGUUUUUAGGCCUUUUUUGGCAACAAAAUUGCCGGAGCAAGUGAAAAAUGCAAAAAUAUCUAAUAUUUUUAAAAAUUUUAUAAUUCCUUAACAACCGAAGACAACUCGUUCUAGUGAGAAGAAAACCGCACUGUUCUGGGUUUUUGAUUUAUACUACACUUAUGUUAACACUAACCAUGCAACAGCCUCCCUCAUGGUGAUUUGUCUUGUCUGUUGUCAACACUUUUCAGCCAUUCUCCAGGUGUUCCACCACAACGUUGAACACACUGCAAAACAGCUUAACCCUGCUUUAGUGCUGAACAUCAAGGAAUUGCCUUUCACGGUCUUUAGCAGUCAUUUUUGUUGGUAUAUGUGAGACCUGCAUGUUUCAUGUCUACAACCAGGAACAAAAGGAUGUCAGUUUAUGCAGGGGACUGCUAUGAUUGGUGAAACUUACGGGAAACUGCAGUGAUUUGCCAAAUUUACAGAAAAGUUGCUCUGAUUAGACAAAAUUGUAAAGUCACACAGUAUUCACAGGGAUUGGUUGAAUUUGCGUUAAUUGUUGUGAUCGCAACAUUGAAACAUCCUGGAGGGACUUACUAUUGGACUUAGGGAUAAGUUAAUGUAUGGAUAGAGUUUACAGCUUUUCAUAUUUAGGUCUGAGAAUCAAAUUAUAUUUUUGGGGUAUUGACUGAAAUCAAGUACCAAAACCUGACACUGCAAGUCAUAUAUUUUGUUCACAUGUAAACUGCUAAAGGGACUUCUUUUCAACCAGUUUGGAAAGGAUCAGGGUGACCAACAUACAUGAUGGACUUGAGAAAUCUGAAUUAAUCCUUUCAAUGGAAAAUGUGUCAAAAACAUUUAUAUUUCUCAAAAUCAGAUAUUGAAUGGUUACAUUUUUGCAUCUGUACUGAAAGUCAAGUAUAAAAAUUAGCACCAUUACAGCCCAAUCCUAUCGCACUGUAGCCCAUGUAAAGAAGUCAUUGUAAUUCUUGAACGGCUCUUCUGACAGUCCUGACAGUUUGACAAAUGACCCCCUUCAUAGAGUGGUGCAAGAAUGAGCCCUAAAACCAAACCCAAGUUUGCAUUUUAGCACUCCCGGUUCCCUCAUCUUGAAGUCACUAGGUUUUUUUUGAAUGGGUCUUUGGUUAGGUGUCUGAAUUAAGGUCUGUGGUUAACACAAGCUGAAGAGACUUUCAGGUUUUGUUCUGCGCCAUAAAAUUUGUCAGUUAAUACCCCACUGUGAUGUCAUCACACUUGUUAUGCUGGCAACGUUGAAGUCAUGUGACUGUAGGGGGUGCCAUAGUAGCUCAGUGGGUAGAGCAGGUAUCCUAUGUACAAAGGUGAUGUCCUUACUACAGCAGCAGUGGGUUCGGGUCCUGCCUGCAGCCCCUGCUGCAUGUCACCCCCCUUCUCCCCCCAUCACACCAAACACUGUCCUAUCAAUUAAAGUAAAAAAAAAAAAAUCCUAAAAAAGAAGUCAUGUGAUAGUGGUGGAGUUCAUUUACAUCCUAAUGUUAGCUUUUUACGUCUGGCAGUUGCACAUACACCUCAAAAAGUCAUUAAAGUAGUGUCCAUGACUAAAGACUACCCUUCUGAACGAAACACGCAAGUAUCAUAAAUGUUAGUUUGCCACAGAGUUUUUUUUUUCUGCAAUAAUCCAAAAUCCAAUGGAGAAAUCCCAUACACUUUUUGACAAGGGAACCAGGGCGAUGCAGAACUUCCAGGUUGGGCUAUAAAAAUGAACAUCCCUGUAGCACUCUUUUCACACCUUAAACAUUUUUGAAGACUUGGAGUAGUCUGGAUGAUUGUGAAACAUGUUUAUGCUCUGAUACAUGUACGACUACGCAUUUCAUUUAUAUUAUGGUAAUAACUGUCACCAAGAAGGUAAUGUUACCUUAUCAGGCUUUACAUACUUUGGUGGUUAAAACAUGAGCUAGGGAUAAAAUGUCAUCUAUGGUGUGGGUCUGAGAAUUUUUAAUAGACUUUUUAACAUUGUGAGGGCAGUUUUAAACAUUCUCAGUAUUGUCUUAUAUAUUUCUGCCCUUACUCGAAUGAAAACAAACCUAGCACGUGCAUCCUGUGAUUGUCUUUCACUGUGUGUAUUUUGACACAAAUCUGAUCAGUAUACACAAGUCUAUACAGCUCAUUCUUGAUUGAAACUGUGCCUCAUAUCGCAUAUUUCUAUACGAAACAUUUAGUAUGGGAAAAUGCACUGUACUACUGGCACACUCAAAAUGAUCCAAAAGUUAAGUGUGUAAUGAUGGACACUUCUCACCCUUAAUGGUCGCCAACUCUGUGAUGUAGCGGAAGCAUCUGACAUGGCGGCUGGGGACAACAAGGAGCCUGAACUGGCCACAGUGAACACUGCUGUGUUAUCCAUGUUAUACAUGUUUUUUUUACCAAUACUGUUGAAUAGAAUCUGUCAGUAAUGUUUGUUGGGUCUGUAACAAUUUGAAACGAUGAACAAUAAUGCAAGUGCUAACAUUAGCUUGCUAGCUAACAGAAGUAAGCAAUUUUAGACACACUCAAAAAAAGUGUUCAGAUUUUCCCUCAGUGUUUCUUUGAAUGGCUGAAGGCAUGCAUCUCUUGUUUUGUUUUGUUUUGCAAAGUAUUUUUUCAGUAAAGUAUGUUCAGAUUGAUAUUGUGGAACUAGUACACUGAAAAUGUGCAAGUGUUAAAGCUACUUGAAAAGGGAUCAGUAGUGUUCUUGAUACUAAGUAUUUAUUAUACAUUUGAUUUGGUUUCAUAACGUCCCCGCUGUAUAGGACAGCAAAACGUUGAUUACUACUGAAGCUUACGUGUCACUCUACAGAUGGAGCUCAUGAGGUUGUACAAUGCUCUAAUGAGGUGUACUAAGGUGUUUAGACCUGUCACUCAUCACUACCUGUCACUUCUACAGAUUGUUUAGAUGAUCACAGUAUAUCCCACAAACAUUGUAAUGUAACUACCUCCUCUAAUUUCCUUGUCUCAUGUCCUGUUGAAAUUGGACUGAUUUUAAUAUCAAGUAAAAUUAAUUAAGGUGAAAAAAAAAAACAGA